AUGUCUAAAUUUUAUUUUUCAAUAUUAAAAAAUAUUGAGUCACAAUUUAAAAUCAAUCUCAGUCAAAUCAAUCAAUAUAUAAAUUCAUCUAACUUAGAUGGAUAUCAAAAAUACAAGAAUGUAACACACUUAUGCAUUGGAGAUAUAUAAAAUACAAUUAAUAAUAAUUCCUAAUUUUAAUUUGAGGUUGUAUAACACAUUUUGAUUAUUUCAAAAAUCAAACCUAAUUUACCCUAUUAAUCUAUGAUUUUAGAUAUGAUUAUUCAUGCAUCAAAACUAUCUUAAUCAGAUAUUGUUUAAGAAAUCAUCUAAAAUUAUCAAUUUAAUUAAUAAGGUUAAAUUCAUUUGCUUGAUGUUAUAUGUAAUUGUAAUUAUACAAUACAAAAGUUGUUACUUAAUAAUUUAAGUUCAAUUUAAGAAUUAAGAAAUGUUUAAGAUGUUGAUUAAAUAUUUAAAAUACUUGCAAAUUUAAUGAAAUUAAAUAAAUCAAAUUUAUUGACAGAAGAGAGUGUUGCUAAUUUUUCAGAUCUCCAAUAUGAUUUUUGGUUGAAGAAUACUGAGAAUAAUGAUAUUUAAAUACAAAAAGAGGAUGUAAUUAAAAUUAUGAUUAAAGAAUUAAAAGAUAAAGUAGAAUGGUUAAUAAAAAAAGGAUAAAAAGUUUCAUCUAAUAUACUUAUAUAAUACAUUUAAUAAUUUAAAUAGACUACUGAAAUAACUUUUGAUGAUAUAAGAAAUUAAAAUUAUUCAAAGAAAGAAGAAAUGAUUCUCUUCAAUCUCCUAAAAUCAUAAGAACAAUUUGAUAUCAUCAAAACGAUUAAUUAUAUCAAAUAAAAUCAUUCUUCAUAUAAUUUAUAAUAUGUUUAUAAAUUCUUGAAUAAUUAAUAAACUGUAGACUUAAAUCUUUUAUAAAUUGUUGAAGAUAAUAUUCAAAAUGAACGUGUAAGAAUAUAAAAUCUAUUAUAAUUUUAUUCAACUAUUCCAGUUGAACCAUCUUGGAAAAUUGCUUAGAUAUUAAGAAAUAUUUUAAUUAAAGAAUGGGAUAAAAUGACAAUCUCAUAAUAAUUGACAAUUGUAGGAUAAUUAUUUAGAAUAGAGAGAUUGAUUUAAAAACCUGAACCUAUUGGUAAAUUCUUUAUACUUGAUACUAUUUUAAUAAGUAAAAUAGAAUAAAUGAUUUUAUAACUCAGAUUUCAAGAUUUAAGUUAAUUAGAUAGACUUAAAGUAUACUUUUUAAUGAAUUCUUAUUUUGGAAAAGAUUUAUUAUCUAGUAAGUAAGAUUUAUGUAAUUUUAGGCUAUUUCAAUACUCAAUAUGCUCUUUAUAUUUAAGCAUAUUUGAGAAAUCAAUUUCAAACUUAACCUCGAAAUUAAAGUAAAUUACAAAAGUAAGUUGAAGAAAGUCUAAUAAAAAAUAAUGUAUUUUAUGAAAGAGAAACAUUGGUAGAGAAUUGUUUUGCUGUAGAUUUUAAAUUAAAGAACACAAUAAUUGAAGUUAAUGGCCCAUAUCAUUAUUGUUCAAUCAUAGGAGAUACAUUACCUAAUGAUGCUCUUUAAUAUUUAAGUACUAAUUAAGCUAUGUAUGAAACAUUAAAAACCAGUUUAAAAGUAUUGAUUAAAUUUAAAUUAUUAUAAUAGACAAGACUUUUGACAAAAAAAGGGUAUAGAGUUAUAAAUAUUCCUUAUUUUAAAUGGGAUGGAUGGUGUAUUAGUAAUAAAUAAGAUAAGAUAUUGAAUGAUAUGUUAGAAGGAAUAUCAUUGAAGGAUAGUGAAUUGUUGAGUAAAAUUUGA